AGCAGUGAUAUACUAGUCAGGUUGCCUUCUCAUGAUUUGCACUGUAUAGCAGUUCGGCUCCUACAGUAUAGGCUGAGCUGGUAAUCGAUGGAGGCAAUGCAGUUUCACCAGUCCUCCAAUUAAGAAAAGCGCACAUUACCACGUCAACAAAGCCGUUUUCUAAAUUUCCAUAGGGGAGCACGACGCUCGAGAACCAGGGAAACGCACAUUUGACUGGAAGUAACGGUACCGGGGACAUUUAAGCAAGCAAUUACGUAAAACCCAACGCUGGCGCUUGUUCAGCGCUCAUAAUGAAUGUAUCCCGUCCACGCCUGCGCAGUCACCAUUCAUUGCAAAGGAGAAACCAGCAGGCGGCUCGCGCUGGUGUCUAGCGUGGGAGCGCUUUGACUGAACGUCGGUACUUGGAUUUGGUCCUGUCAGCGAGAGUCAGAACUGUAAACUGUGCCUGGUAUCAACGUAUGUUUGGAUAUCUUUUCCCACUACAGUAACACUUCAACCGUAGAGAUUCCCCACCCUUCCUGAGACCGUAACACUGGGCUGCAGACGGACAAGGGGACAGUACUGCACAAGGUGAGACAGAGGGAAGCAGAUCAGGUCUGUAGGCAGGGUGCUCUGAGGGGAGCGUAUGAGGAGGAGUCAGAGAGCAGAGGAGACCCCUGACCUGUCCUGACAACACAGAGCUGCCCCGGCAACGCACCCGGGCCACACAAGGAGACUGACGAGGAGCACCCACUCCUUUCGCAGGCAUGAGGUCCUUCCGUUCAUUCGGUAAUGAUGACCGUCACGUCAUGGCCAAACACUCCACCAUCUACCCAUCUUCGUCUGAACUGGAGGCGGUCCAGACCCUGGUGUCCACUGUGGAGGGUGCCCUCAAACACGUCUCUGAUUGGAUAGACCAGAGCAAUGUCCAAUCAGUGCAGAGUAACAGCCAGGCAGACGCAGCAGCCGGCCAGACAGACGGCCAGCCGAACCCCACAGACAGCACAAUGACAGAGGACCUUAGUGCUGACCAUGACGACGACCUUAACGAUGACCCCAACGUUAGUCCCAGCGCCAGCCCAGAUGACUGCACAGACAUUAGCAGCAGGGAGCCCAGUGGAGGUGUGCUGUGUGGGGUGAUGAGGAUCGGCCUGGUGGCUAAAGGUCUGCUCAUCAAAGAGGACAUGGACCUGGAGCUGGUGCUGAUGUGUAGAGAUAAACCCACAGAGACACUGCUGUGCACUGUAUGUGAUAACCUGCCCCUGCAGAUACAAAAGUUAACCGAGGAGAAGUACGAGGUGCAGCGCUGUGUACCAGAGGCGGCCAUCUUGGUGUGUAGUACGACGGAGCCAAAACUCACCCUGAAGGUCACCCUCACCUCCCCACAGAUGAGAGAGGACAGCGACACGGACGAACAAGUGGAGGGUGUUGAGCUGACAGACCCUGCAGACAUGCUGGACAGGCACAGAUGCCUGGUGGCCCUGGCGGCUCUGCGACAUGCCAAAUGGUUCCAGGCCAGAGUAAACGGGUUGAAGUCGUGUGUCAUCAUCCUCAGGAUCCUGAGAGACAUGUGCAAUAGAUUACCAGCCUGGGAGCCGCUGAAAGGAUGGCCCCUGGAGCUGAUCUGUGAGAAGGCCAUAGCCACGUGUAACCGGCCGCUGGGUGCAGGGGAGGCCCUCCGUAGGGUCAUGGAGUGUCUCGCCUCAGGAAUCCUCCUUCCAGGAGGACCAGGGUUACACGACCCAUGUGAGAAGGAGCUGACCAACACCCUAACGGCCAUGACAGACGAGGAGGCAGAGGCCAUCACCUACAGCGCACAGCAUGCUCUGAGACUGAUGGCGUUCAGUCACAUCUACAAGGUGCUGGAGAUGGACCCUCUCCCCUCUAGUAAACCCUCCCAGAAGUACCCCUGGUCAGACAAGGAGGGCUCAGGGCUGAAGAGGCCGUACGAGGACGGGUCCACGGAUGACAAAGACCUCAUCAAGAAGAUGAAGAGGAACCUGAGGAAAGUCCUCGACAGCAAAGCAAUAGACAGCAACCAACCAAUGAAUGCUCUAAUGCGUCUGAAUCAGAUACGUCCAGGUCUGCAGUACAAGCUGCUGUCCCAGUCUGGCCCAGUUCACGCUCCGGUUUUCACCAUGUCUGUAGACCUAGACAGCACUGUCUACGAAGCCUCAGGCUCCUCCAAGAAGACCGCCAAGCUGCAUGUUGCUGUCAAGGUUCUGCAGGCGAUGGGUUACCCCACAGGGUUUGAUGUGGACCUGGACUGCAGUGCAGAUGAGAAGUCUGACGGAGAGGGGAAGAGCGAAUCAUCUACACACUCAAGCAAUAACACAGCACACUCAGACAGCUCAAAUACACUGGAGGUCCGAACUCAGGGUCCUAUUCUGACGGCCAGUGGUAAGAACCCCGUCAUGGAGCUGAAUGAGAAGCGCAGGGGUCUGAAGUAUGAGCUGAUAUCAGAGAGCGGGGGCAGCCACGACAAACGCUUCGUCAUGGAGGUGGAGGUGGAUGGUCAGAAGUUCCGUGGGGCGGGGCCUAAUAAGAAGGUAGCGAAAGCUUCGGCUGCGUUGGCUGCUCUAGAGAAACUCUUCUCUGGUCCCAACGCUGCUGCCAACAUCAAGAAGAAGAAGAUCAUCCCACAACAUGCCACGAAAGGAGCCCUAGCAGCAGCAGCGGCAGCCUCAGCAGUAGCAGCCCAGGUUGCCAGAGGGAGAGGUAGAGCUGCAGCCCUAACCAGAGGAGCCUUCGUCAGCGCUGCCGCACAAGGAUACACACAGAUACCAGGUACAUGCUUCGGGACUCCAUAUGGAUACAGUGCUGCAGCCGCCCCAGCCUACGGUGGUCUUUUCAUUGACAAUCCUUUUUACCAGCCUCGGACCAUCGCACCAUUUAUUAUUCACUUGGGUCCUCAAGAUCUCUUCUCUGACUUCUAGAACCAUCAGGUUGUGUGGCUUCUAAACUGUCGUACCUACAGUCCCGCUAAGGAGCUUGACCUUUGACCCAGCAGGCUGUCUGUCCGUCUCCCACCGUACGGUACAGAGCCAGCGAGCGGUCAAACCGAACUCCUCUCACUCUGUUCUGUCUCCUCACAACCCAAAUCAAAGGAAACAAACCUAAAAAAGCAAUACUUGAUUUGACUUUUUUGACUCUCAGCUGCAUCAAAACUAAAGGCUGAGGACCUUGGUCUUUUGGUCUCUUUCUUAUAUAGCAAUACUACACCUGAACUUUUUGGCUUCAAGCUUACUUGAGAUGAUGACGUGAAUGUUCAAUUGAGUCUUACCCAAACACAGCAUUGCAAUGUCAUUUCAAUUGUAUAUUCACUGUGUGUGUAUGUGUGGCUAUACCAUGGAAUAUAUGCAUAUAUGUGUAUGGUAUAUGUUUCUAGAAAUAUAUAUUACAUGUGCUGAUACUAUUUAUGAUGUACGCGUAUGUAAAUAUUAUAUACUUAUUGUUGGUAUAAAUUAUUUUAGAAUUACAAAGUGAAAUGUAAUUAUAAUCCCACAAUAUAGCUUUCUUCUUCUUCUUCUUCCAGUUUUAUAUACACUAAGCAAUUUACUCUAGUACUAGGACAUGCAAUAUGAAACUUGUUUCUUAAUUAACCUGUGCUAAUAGACUAGCGUAGUGAUGCUUCCUUCUUUCGCCUCGAUGUCUUCUCAUCUGAGCCUUUCUGGACAUGCUCGGUCUCUCUGGUCUAAGGCUCGCUAGCACGGCCCAAUCAGACGAGAGUCGCUCGCUCACUCAACCUAGCCACCCUACCGCCCUCUCUAACACACAGACACACACACUUCCUGUGUGACAGCACACAUUACUUUCCUGUUGACUUCCUGUCAGAAAGCACACUUCUCUACUAAGUGGAACAUUUCUCACUGCUCCACUGUCUGUCUGCUAACAGGCGUACACCAGUGGAGGCUGCUGAGGGGAGGACGGCUCAUAAUGAUGUAUGGAACGGCGCGAACGGAAUGGCGUCAAACACAUGGAAACCAUGUGUUCGAUGUAUUUGAUACCAUUCCAGUGAUUCCUCUCCAGUCAUUACCCCGAGCCCGUCCUCCCCAAUUAAGGGGCCACCAACCUCCUGUGGCGUACACCCUGUACUGUACUACUGUAUCUGUACUCUAUGUGCAUACACGCUGUCCUUAUAAUAACCUGGGGUCUGUUGGACAACUAGAGUAUCUGAACACAAACUCCUCACAGGACCAGCCACAGUCCUCUCUCUCUGGCCUACAGCAUAACGUGGGACCAAAAGCACAGUUCACGGUUUGUUGGCUUGUAGAGGUGGUGGGUGGCCCUUUGACUGCACCACCACCUGCUCGCCCCUCCCCCACCCCAUGCACACAUCUGUCGCCCCUCCGUUGCUCCACUGCUGCUUGAAGGGCUUAGUUCACAAUCCGCUUGUACAACUGAUGUACAAUGGGUUUGUGUUUUGUAAACGUUUUUGUGCAGGCAAACUCAUGAAAAUUGUAUUUUGUAUCACAACCGAUGUGUCAAAUGUAUUGUACGUACAUCAGUUGCACAAACCGAGCGUGAACUAAGAAAAGCAUGCUACUCGGACAAACCAACACACAGGGCUUACUGCUUCAUCUGUCAACACAGUCACAGACCAACAGCCUUUUCACCAUGGAACAGUCCAACCACACAUUAAUAGCUACGUCUAAUUAAAUGGAUACUCCAACAUUAUACACAUUAUAGCUCUACUUUAGAAAGACCGACAGGACCCAGUCGUUUCAUAAACCCCACUUUACCCUCUCUAGUAUACCUAUUUAUAUACUAUAUAGUAUAAUAUACUACAUAUAGUAUACAGUAUGCUAUAUCUAACUGAUAAGGUGAAACCAUAGUAAACUGUAGUUGAUAUUAUAUGAGUUUGUGUAUGGUUAAAUUAGUGUAUGGUGGUAAAGUAAACUACAGUGCCUAGCAAGAUUACCAACCCAGCAUCAAGGCUAUAUUACCUGGUCUUGAAUAAGUGGACAUCCUAUAUCAGGAAGGGUCACUACAACCGUCCUAUAUCCAGAUGGAUGGAUCACAAAGUACAGGAUAAGAUAAGGUAUAUGAAUGUUUUUUAACCUUAUUUAUAUGAAAGCUGCUAAAAAUGUUAAAUCAACCCCAAAUCCACAGUCCAUUCUGCAAUAUCACUUUUGUGUUUUUCAAAUAGAUAGGCUGAUUAAAACAUAUCAUAACCACAUGAUCUAACAACUGGCACAAUACACAUCCAAAAGGGAAUGCACGUUUUUAAGGUAUGCUCAUAUUUGAAUGUCCCAAAACAUUGAAGCAUAGCUUUAUAGCACUGGUUGGUGGGUCAAAUCAUUUCACAAACACACACGGUACUGUAUGUAUUUAUGUAUGUAGCUUCAGUUGGUAAAAGCUUCUGAUGAUUUGUCCUCAUCACUUUUUGGGAUGUUCAACACGACAGCUUUUAAAAAACAAGACUUCAGUCAGUCAGAAGGAAACUGCAGGAUGUACAUGAAACGCAUUGAUUCUUCUUCCUUGAUCUUCAUGGCAGUUUGAUCUUCAGUGUUUUUGUCAUUUUAAAUGUUGUUAUUUUUAUUUUGUUUUUUAAAUAAUGUGGAAAGUGUAACUUUCAAGACGAAUAACUUCAACCAAUCUUUUAGGUGUUGAAAUCCUGGUGGGGCCAUACUUGCUAACUUUUUCUCUGUCUCAAAAUGUGCAUCAGCCAAUUAAAAUGGUUGACGUACACUGACUAUACCAAAUAUUAGGAACACCUUCCUAAUAUUGAGUUGCAUCCCCCCGCUCCCCCUUUUUUUGUUGCCCUCAGAAC